AUGAGCAGCAUGCUUCAAGAGAUCGUGGGCUUUAUAUUCAGCACCUCAGGUUGGGUGCUGGUUUCCUCCACCCUGCCGACGGACUACUGGAAGGUGUCUUCACUUGAUGGAACAGUCAUCACCACUGCUACCUACUGGUCCAAUCUGUGGAAGGCUUGUGUCACCGAUUCAACAGGAGUCUCCAACUGCAAAGACUUUCCCUCCUUGCUGGCUCUGGAUGGUUUCAUCCAGGCCUGCAGGGGACUGAUGAUCGCAGCCAUCUGUCUGGGUUUCUUCGGUUCCAUAUUUGCCCUCGUUGGAAUGAAGUGCACCAAAAUCGGAGGAACGGACAAAGUCAAAGCCAAGAUCGCCUGCUUCGCUGGAGUUGAUUUCAUUCUUAGUGGCCUCUGCUCGUUGUCGGCGUGUUCUCUUUACGCACAUCGGAUAACAUCAGAGUUUUUCGACCCAAUGUAUAUCGCACAGAAGUACGAACUGGGAGCUGCUCUUUUUAUCGGCUGGGCAGGUUCAGUCCUCUGUAUCAUUGGAGGCAGCAUUCUCUGUUUCUCCAUCGCAGAUUCCUGCACCAAAAGCCACAGUCAGGUGAAAUAUAUCUACAGAGGUGCACCCUCACACUCUCAUGUCUCGUCUCAUCCAAGAGGGCAAGCGACCUCUGCAAACCAGAGGCUGCCUCCAGACUACAGCAGCCCCCCUGGGAGUCAGCACUUUGAUAAGAAUGCAUAUGUUUAA